GUCGUGCGGCACAACAGUAGAGAGAGGGAGAGGUCACGUGAGAAACCCUAGCGGUACUUUUCAUCUUCUUCGCGGGGCUGCCCCUGCCCACGCCGGCGCCGCGUCCGCACCGGCCACCGUGCCGGCACCGCCUCCGCCAGCCGCAACCGAGCCCCCGCUACUACGAUUCCGCCACCGCUGCUUCGCCGUUAUCCCCGUGAAGCUUGCCGCGACGACCCGACGCCGGCAGAUCUGAGCUGAGCUCGCCUCCGCUCGCGACCCAGUGCCGUCGCUGAACUCCCGCGACGCCCGACGCCGCCGCUUCCCUCCUGCCGUCGCUCGUCCGGCAGCCAGCCCCCAAGCGCGUCGUCAGCCACCGCCGCUACCUACCUGACCCCGUGCCGUCGCCGCAGCUCCCGCGACGCCCGACCCGCGCUGCCCUUCCUCCGACCAGCGACCCGACGCCCGCUGCAGCCCGAGCAACGCAUCCCCUGCCCUAGCCCGAAUCGAGCUGCUCCACCCUCCGCUCGGCGACCUGCUCCUCAGCCGCCGGGCUGCCAACGCCGCCGGUCUACCCUCGCUGCUAGCCCGCUCGCCGCCGGUGUGCCUGCUGUGCCCUCGCCGGAGCUCCGAACCGGCCGCCAAGCUUAAAAAAGAAAAGAAAAGAAAUCAAAUUAGCGGCGGAACCUGAAUCCUCCCCGAUCGCCGCCACCACCCUCUCCCUUCGCCCGUCGCCUAAGGCAGAGAUGAAGUUGGACGUGAAUGUCUUGAGAUACCUAUCCAAAGAUGACUUUAGAGUUCUCACUGCUGUUGAAAUGGGAAUGAGAAACCAUGAAAUCGUCCCUUCCGAGCUUGUGGACCGCAUUGCUUCUCUCAAGCAUGGCGGUACAUACAAAGUUUUGAAGAACUUGCUUAAGCACAAAUUGGUACACCAUGACUCUUCCAAAUAUGAUGGGUUUCGUCUCACCUACCUUGGUUAUGAUUUUCUUGCGAUCAAGACCAUGGUUAAUCGUGGAGUUUUUACUGCCGUCGGUCGUCAAAUUGGGGUCGGAAAGGAGUCUGAUAUCUUUGAGGUUGCCAAGGAGGAUGGUUCCAUCCUUGCUAUUAAGCUACACAGACUUGGUAGAACUUCUUUUAGGGCAGUUAAAUCCAAGCGUGAUUACUUGAGGCAUCGAAGAAGUUUUAAUUGGCUCUAUUUGUCAAGACUUGCUGCACUUAAAGAAUUCUCUUUUAUGAAGGCCUUGGAAGAGCAUGGUUUUCCAGUCCCUAAUGCUGUGGAGUGUAAUAGGCAUUGUGUGGUUAUGUCACUCAUCCAUGGAUAUCCCCUUGUGCAGGUACGCGAAUUGCAAAGCCCAGAGGUGGUUUUCGAGAGGAUUUUAGGUCUCAUUGUUCGCCUGGCAGAACACGGCCUCAUUCACUGUGAUUUCAAUGAAUUCAAUAUCAUGAUUGAUGAUGAGGAGAAAAUUACCAUGAUUGAUUUUCCUCAAAUGGUUUCGGUGUCACAUCGCAAUGCACAGAUGUACUUCGAUCGCGAUGUUGAUUGCAUACUUAAGUUCUUCAGCAAGAGGUUUAAUCUCUCUCUUGAAGAGCAGAUUGAUAAUACUGAUAAUUCAGAGGAAGAUUCAGAAGGAAGCAGUAGACCUUGUUUUUCUUCAAUAAGCAAAUCUGUUGGUUUUCUGGACAGAGAACUUGCUGCUAGUGGGUUUACUAGAAAAGAGCAAGAUGAUAUGGACAAGUUCGUCAAAGAAGAGAAGGACCAGGACCAAUGUUCUGAGGAUGAAGAAGAUAGUGCUGGAAUGGAUGAAACAAUUGUGAGAGAUGUCGUCUCUUUGCAUCUGCUGGAUCAGCCAGGGCACACUGUAGAAGGUAAUGAGGAGGAAAUCAAAGAAAACAGACAGAGCUGUGAGGGACAACUCAGCGAACCUUGUUGUGAGGCACACUUCAAUGAGGAUGAAAGUGAAGAGAAUGUGAAUGAUACUGAGUUGGUAAAGAGCCUGAACAAGCAGAGACGGCGAGCAAUUGCUGCUGUUCAUAGAGGAGGGAAGACUAUUGCUUCUAGAAAUUCUUACAAGGACAAAGGUGGUAGGUCAUCUCACAAUUCCAAAAUUCAAAAGCAAUUAGGCUCCUGGUAGUGCACGUGGAAGAAUUCAGCAGCAUGUAUGGGCUGGAGGAAGGUGUGAGUUUAAGACUUUGUAUUAUAGCAUAUUUCGCUAGGAAAGAUAAAGGAGAAUUUUGUGUAUUGGAAGUAUAGAUAGGUGGCUAUUUUGCCGCAGAAUAUGUGUAACAGUCAUUUACCUUCAUGAUAUUUAUGUUUGAGCUGUUGUCUCAAACCGCUUUCUUGAUUAAUCAUGAAAGGUUUAAAUUAAUGGGUAAUGAUUGUUGAAUUAUGCAAUA